AUGGCGCUGCAUCGCGCCCUUGGGGAGAUCUUUCAGAGCAUUCGGGAGUGCUCUCAGGAAGGAGAGCUAAUCGCAUCCGCCGACGAGUACGAACAUCUAUGCUUUCCGGUGUUGUCGGGUUGGAUUGUUGAUCAACCUGAGCAUGCAAACUUACAAAAUACUAGUACUAGUUCUUGUCCAAGAUGCGAGGUGGAUUUCCACAGUCUUGGGAGCACUCGCCGGAGCCUUCUGCGCGAUCACGAGGAUUACCUAGAGAGGGUAAAGCUAUUUAGGGAGAACUCGAGAAACCUGAGACCGGUGGAAUACCUUAUCGCGAGCUCAGUGAAAACACUCUUCAAUGCUUUCUGGGGUAUGCCGAGGGUUAAUCCAUACGAUCUCAACAAACCGGACAUUCUGCACAAUAUCUAUCUAGGAAUGUUGAAGCACAUGAUGGAGUGGGUUCAGGCUUUCUUGAAGAAUCACAAUCGAUUGGAGGAAUUUGACAAGGCUUGA